UUCAUAUCAGUUGAGUGCUAGAUUUCAUACAGUGCAGAAGUGUUUUUACAAUUUUGUCUCGUUAAACAAUAUUGACUGGUAAAUAAUUGCACAAUUUUUGGAAAAAAGAUUUUCCGUGACAACUCAAUUAAAAUUUUGGACAGUGAUGGUUGUUUCGAAAAACAUUUUUUUGGAAAAUUUGACCUUUGGAUAACUGGAUGCACUGGCCCUUUAAAAAGUCAAAAUAAGAAAAUUGUCACACACAACAAAAUUUUAUUGAACUCGUACACGUAUUCCAUUCAUCGUUUGACUGUGUGCGUAUGCCGACAUCAAAUUUCGCUGUGUAUUUACGUUCAAAGAUAAUACGGAAUUUCGUAGUGUCAGUGCUUUUUUGGAAGAAAAUAUUGAAUAAAAUUGUGUAACGUGGUUCUGCUUUCAUAACAUACACAGCGUAUAAAUUUUAUAUCGCGAAGUGAAAAUUUAAGACACGAAGAUACGUUUACCAUUCGAAUAAUCGUGUGUCGGUAAUAUUCGGCCUGUUCGGAUUUCUGUUGUUUGAGUCGAUGCUGAUGUGAAUAAAAAAUUUCUUCUCUCUUUAGACGGUUUUAUACACAUUUAUUAUGAUGGAAUGAAAUCGGGAAACUUUCUCGUGUGAAUGGUGUGGAUUUGAAUAACGACAUUAGCAUUCAGCAUGUUCUAAAUAAUAAAACAAUUUUUUUUUGGUUCGUUAAUGGUAAACAAGUACUGACAGGCUAUGUCUGAAUUUGCCAUUCCUACCGGCAAAGCUCCAAGGUCAUCAUCAAGCCGCCGUCUAAAAGUAUCAAGUUUAAACGAUGUGCUCACUUGUCCGCUUUGCCACGGAUAUCUCAUCGAACCGACAACGAUAAACAACUGUUUUCAUUCGUUUUGCCGAUCAUGCAUCAUCAAGCAUCUCGAGAAAUAUCCAUAUUCGAACUGUCCAUCUUGUAGGUCUAAUAAACCAGUCAAUUUGUCCCAUUUAAGAUCGGACACCCAACUAAAAUCAAUCGUCUACAAAUUAGUACCCGGUCUGUAUCAGGCCGAACGUAAAAGGUUACAACAACAUCAACAGAAAGCUGCAAGUCAUCUAAAUUCUCAAUUAAUAAAUUCAAAAUUUCACACACCACAACAACAGCCAUUAGAUUCGACCGCAGAGAAUAACAGUAGACGAACUGAUGAUACAACUUAUAGCGGCGAUGUGAAAAUUGAUGAUGUCGAUUUUUUCUCGGCUGAUGAACCGAUAAGUCUGUCACUUCAAUACCAUCCGGAAUCGUUGAAAGGCCAAGCUAUACAGUCAUCGCCUCCAAUAAGAUACCUUCAAUGCCCAGCAGCUGUUACCAUUCGUCACCUUCAGCGGUUCUUAUCUUCAAAGUAUAAUUUAAACAUUGACAAACCCAAUGUCGAUAUACAAAUUAUUUAUGAGGAUGAAGUGUUGCCCAUGGGAUUUAAUUUGAUGGAUGUGGCGUACUGCUACCAAUGGAAGAGGCUCCAGCCAAUGAAAUUCUUCUAUCAAAUAUUGAUAACCCCGUCAAUACCGGCUAAUCCAUCCGGUACCAUUCAAUUAACAACACCCAGUUCAACCGAACAAUCUUCGAAACAGUUGGAAUCGACAACGACUUCAAGUCAACUAUCUAAAUCAAACAUAAACGCAGUCUCAGAGCCGAAGAAAGAAACUCCAACACAACCGAAAUCUGAUUCGAAACAAGUUCGCCUUACGACUUCAUCCAGUGCAUCAGCAAUAAACAGUGUGACGGAUCGUAAAGGUUCUUCCCAAAUUGAAAACAGUAAAAAUAAAGUGGAUGUGUCCUCACCGAAAGAUCAAAAAGUGUCUAAAACGUCGUCGUGGAACUUCAAAAGUUUACGUAGCAACGACAUAAAGUGUAAUGACUUUGUUGAGGCAAAAAACGAUAAUUUGAAAUCUAAUAGAAGUGGAACGGUUACGGCUAGUGAUUUAUUAAAGCAACAGAAAUCCAAACCAAACAAUAUCAAAGAUAAUACAACAAAAAUAAUCCCAGAGACUGUAACGUCGUCGAAUUCAAACAAUCAUUGUAAUAAUGAUGAUGUGUUCUCAAGUAUGAAAAAGCAACAACAACAACAAAAGCAUCAAGACGACGCACGAAAAAAUGAACAUUUUAAAAUUAACAUAAAUAAGAAGAUAAAAGAAGGCAUUGGUAAACAAUAUGCACAAAAGAAUGAUAUUAACAGUCCAAAUAUUGUGGUUAGCAUUCCACAGAGUCGUCGUGUAUCACUAAGUGACGAUGAUUUUGAGAAUUUAUCUUUGGCCACCCUCAAGACGGCUAACAAGAAAAUGAAAUCGACUAAUUUGAAGCAAAGUGUUAGUGUUGAUGAAUCGAUGUUGAACCGUCGACACGACGAUCAUAAGCCGGAUAUUCCAAAGCUGAAAAUUGAACUAUCUAGUUUGAAGGCGAAGAUAUCGUUAAGUAAAUCAAAGUCAGUGUGUGCAGAAGUUAGUCGAUCGACUGAACUGAAACGUGACACCAUCUAUCCAACUCAAGUUGAUUUGACAGAGUACGCUAAAAAUAUUGGCUUAAAACCAAUUUCCCGCGACGAGGUGGAGAAGAAGUCAGACAGUUCAUAUGAAAGUGGAAGCUCGCAUAAAAAACGGAAGAAAAGUGGGAAACACUCUAAAGAACCAGGAAGUAAGAGACGUAAAUUUCAUGCCGAAAUUUCGUCUCAAGAAGAAGGUAAACUUAAAGUGAAAAUAACCGGUAACAAGUUCAGCAAACAUGAACGAAAAAAUAGUAGUAAUAGCAGUAGCGACGAUAACAACACAUCGGCAAGACAUUUAACCGAUGCCUCUGAAGAAAAGAUAAAUAGCGAGAAGGAGAAAUUGUCGGAGCUACGAAAAGUUAGGCACAAGCCAACCCUUAAAUUAGUGAACAGUCAUGGAACGAUAACGACAACAUUCAGCAGUAUAGAUCAACCGGCCGAUGAGACCAAAAAUCAAACAGUUCAUCCUACAACGCCCGCAGUUACUGUGCCAAUGUCAACAUCCUUUACGUUCGCCAAGCCGAAAGUUGCACUAACUGACGUUCGACCGAAACCAGCCGCAGUCAAAACAUAUCUGUCGGGACAGAAAUUUCCUUCUAAAACCAUUCCACCACCCAUCCGGCCGUUAGCAAAUCCACGAGUAUUUAGUCCACCACAUGUUCCUAACUAUCCAAAUUUUGUUAUGCCUCAACCAAAGAACAUAAGUAGUCCAUCUGGUCCAUUUCCUAUAAAUAGGCCAACCAAUGCUCCACUCAAACGAUCAUAUAGCACCGAUAGCACACAAUUGCCUAAACAAUUAAAAUUGGAACCAAUUUCUCGAAAAAUGAGCAUUCCCGACCUGAUUCAGGCAACACCUAUCCGAAUUUCACCGAAACCUGUUGAGACAACUGUUACAAAACCGUUGGAACCGUACUACAACUCAGCAAUGAGUUCCACAUACACUCACGAAAUUACAACCAAAAAGCCUACUCCAAUUCUACUACCUCCAUCAUCAAUCAGUGUAACUAAAAUGUCCGAUACGCCAAAACCAAUCGAAACAAAUAAUCUCAACAAUCGACCGGCUUUGGAAAUCGUAAGAAUAUCACCGACAGCACCCACAGCUGAUCAACAACAUCAUCAGCAGAUGAACGAGCAAAAAAAUCAAUUGAAAUCAAUUUCCCCGAAGGCAACCAGACCGCCACCAUCCACCAUACCUUUGGUGAAAAUUCGCAAUGCAAAUAAUUUGUCACUGAACAACAUCGCCAUGCAACGUAAAAUUGCCGCGAAUUCUGGAAUUGUGACUUCUUUGAAGUCAAAGCCAAAUGUCCCAGAGAAAAAAGAUGACGGUGCCAAUAGAUCAACGAACCUGACUGACAUCGUUAAACCAUUGGAUUUAUCGGGACGAACUGAUGUUGCUUCAGUACCAGAACGAAAGGUGCCACCAUUAUCACCAUCAUCUGGCAUUCCGAAGCAACCGCAAAGAUCAGCAAAUGAUUCUCAAAAAUUGAUUGAAAGUGUAACCAGCACACAAGAUAAUAUGAAUGGUAAGAAGCCGAUAGCUAGCGAAAAAAGUGACGUGAAAACAGAAGUGUCCAUUAAUACACCUCAGAGCACUCACAUAAACAGUGCCGACAAAAAGGACAACAAAGUUCAAUCCAAAUUAAAUUCAUCAACGGAAAGCAAGCCUAAUUCCACUAUGAACACCGCUCAACUUAUUAGCACAUUACGUCAGAUGUCAUCGAUGCCAAAACUAAAUGAAAUUAAUAAAAUGCGAACACAAACAGUACGCCAACAGAAUGCAUCCGUACGCAAUAUACCAAACCCAUCAGCACUAGCAUUUCGCAAUCAAGUAAUGACGCAGAAAACUGUGGAAAAACAACCAACGUCAUCAGCAUCAACCCCAGCGGCAUCAAUCAACAAUCCAACGUUAACCAUGAAUUCUACCUCCACUACAACUACAUCCUCAUCGACAUCGUAUGCACAAAAUAAUACACUCGUAACGUCGUCGACUUGCGCCCCAAACCAAGUCAAGCCAAAUACUACGCUACAAACUAGUUCGAAUGCAACAAGUACCUUAUCAAAUAAUGCUGUUGUGAGCGUGAAACCAGCUACCCCAUCAUCAACUGCUAUAUCGACAGCAUCAACAGCAACAACAAAAAAUUCAACCCCAAAUACUCAGUCGAAACAAAUAACAAUAUCCAAACAACCAAAUCUUUCAUCGUCAACUAAUAAUGAUGUGAAUAAUGCCAAGUUGAUAGCAGCGAAAAAGAAUUUGCAAAUUGAAAAAGUUGUUGCUACACUUCGGGCAGCCGCUAGUGAAAAUAGUUCGACGAACAGUAAAAUUUCAACGGUAGCGUGAACUUAAAUUAAAUUUUUUUUUUCGUAAUAUUUGCAAACAACAUUCGACAGUAAACAAAAGCUAUUUUAAAUUACGCGAUUGCGAGUUGUUACGUAACCAUGAUAGAGUUUAUUUGACAUUGUGCUGGCAUUUGGAAAUUGUUAUAUGUUUUGGAAUGAACGUAUUUUAUUAUAGAUGCGAUGUAUAAGCGGAUUGGACGGAAAAAAAGGAACGAGAAAAACAUGCUUAUUGGUCCGGUUAUUAUUUUUAUAUUUAUUACACGGCGUGUUUUUUUGUAUUCUGCAUAAAUUUAUGACCAUUAAAAAAAGAACUUUUAUUGUAAAAAGAGGAUAAUAUAAUUAACAUGUGGAUGGGGAAUAUUAUAAUCUGAUAUGGAUAUCAAAAUACUUAGUUAAUUGAAAAGGAAACGUGAAAAAGAAAAAAAAAGAAGAAGUUGCAUUCAGUUUCUCUUUUAAAGGGGAACAUAUUACUAAAUUGAAAACUUGCAUCUAAAGAAAAUAAUUAGUUUUAAUUGAAAUGAGUUAAAAACUGAGCUAUAAAAAGUUAUAUUUAAAAUAAUUGAAGUAAAAAUAUUAAUAAAUCAUCAUUAACUAUACUUUACGUACACACAUAUUUAAUCAAAAUUAAAUUACUUUGUGUAGCGUGUGUUGUUAUAGUUUAUGCUACUGAAUGAAUACAUUUAUUUACACGUAACUGCAGUCCCAUUUUACUAGUUGUUUUUGACUAAUGAUAAGUAAUGAUAGUGAUCAACUAGCUGCGGACUCACUUUCACUGUGUUUGUGUCAUAGCAGAUCUAUUUUUAUUAUUUACGAUAGAGUGGGUGGGGCACUGGAUAUAUUUAAUACACAAUACUGAUGACAAUAUUAAUUCGAAAUUGCAAUCUCUAUGUGUCCGCGAAUCAAAUAAAACUAUUAUAUUUUCGAAACCUUCAAAAAAAAAAUUUUUUUCUAGGACAAAUUCCUCUUGCUCACAAAAAGAAUUUCAAUCAAAUUGUUAUUCAACCGAAGCGUCCAUCAAUGUCGAAUUAUUGAGACCUUAUUCGGAAUAUAAUUAUAUGGUCGUUGUACACUAAAAUUUUAGAGACAUUGUUCGCGUUGUAUACACACUUUUUUAUUGAUAUUUGAGAAUGCAUGGUUUCAAUUGACAACAAUUUUUUUAUGAGAUCGGUAAACUAGUCAUGGCACAACCAGUAUUGACAUAAAGCUUGACUUUGCGAAAGUAAGAUUAAUUGAAUUUAAUGCAAUGCCAUUUCCAGUUGACUGAGGGAGUUUUUCACUAUUUUCACAACACAUAAUUUCGAACGUUAUACUUAACCGACUGUUAUCACAAAAUUAUUAUUUGUGAAGACAUAAGAUGAUGGUUCAACACUGAGUAAGAUACAUAAGUAACAAAAGAGACUAGUCUGGAUGAAGGUUUAUUGAAUGGAUGCACGUUAUUUCUUCUAAUCAUUUUCUCUCCUAUUCUACAGUUGUUGUACCACCUUCUCCUUCUUUAAAAAAAUAUUUAUUUUUUCAGUAUUUAUGGGAAUUUCUCGCUCCAUUGAAACCAAAUUCUUAGCAGCCGCGAAUAUUUCAUUAUCGUUGGAGAUACUUACAUCUCUGCGUAGGAUUGAAAUAAGUAAGUUCUAUUGUCGACAUCCCGCCGAAUAGUACGUCUCAUCCCGUUUUUCGGUCAAGGAAUUUCAGAAUAGUAAAAUAAAUUCACGUGUCGGUGGGUUGAACUUGUAAGUAGAAAUCUCUUUGACGAGAUAGCCGAAAUAGCAGAAAUCUUUGCCGAAAUUUUCCUAUAUAGAUCAGUGUAGCAUUCGACUGGCAUACUAGUUUAAUUAGCAGAGGAAAAUAGCCACUUUUCGACCAAUGUUUUCUAUUACGGAAUUGUUUUCAAUCUUGGUUAUGGUUCCUAAAUUACUUGUUCUUUUAAACGUGAUUUACAAAAUUAAUGUACACGUACUAAACCAGAAGCUUGUCCCGAAUCAUCUUGCUAGUUGAUUUAUUAGUUGCAGUUGCCGAAUUCUAUCGAAAUGAAUUGAAUUUUAUUGUUCGACUUCGUUUAACAAAUAAUUUAUUUAUAAAUUUUGUUGCAAAGUAAUUUACAUAAAUUAACACAAAAUCAAAAUGUACGGCAAUUAUAAAUUGUGGCGCGAACGUAAUUAGCAGCAGCAAUUAAACUACUCAUUUCCCAAAUCCAUUUAUAUAAAUUCACUCAUACCAUUCCAUGUGCAUACAAUUCCCGCACAAAAUAUCUUUAAAUUUAAACAACCCCAUUUAUACACAGCCUGAAACCCAGAUGAUAUACACACCAAUACAACCCAAACCCCACAAGCUCUUGAUAAACAUAAUCGAUUUUCGUAUUAUACCAAGCGCCGCUAUGGGUACACAAAAUUUCAAACAUAUAUUCGGAUAAUGCCACAACAUUUUCUAAAAAGGGGGAUGUUCCGUUCCAGUGAUACAAACAAAACGGUUUCAGUUUAUCGCUUGAAAAUUGGUUUGUCACGUUUGUAUACGAUGUGACCAUUGAGAACAUAAAUCAAAAGAGACAAGCAAUAUUUUGACAAUUGUUUCUUUUACUGUCGGGGUACAUUGCAUGUCGCAAUUCUUUGAACUUUCAAUUAAUUAUUUUAACUGAAUUGAAGCUCACUGGUUCCACUUCUUUCUUUAUUGAUUCGGUAUGUUUGAGCGACUGCUUAAAUAUCAAAAACUCUUAUGUUGUACAGGGGACUGUAUAGAAUAAAAAUAAAUUUGUGCGAACUGGGAAUCGACUGCAAACCGCACCCUGAUGACUUUUUAAUAGAAGAUAAUUAAUCGCCAACUGAACCCGGAGGCUUCUUUUGCUAAAGAUCAAGAACAAAACUCGAAUUUUUACUUAAGACGAUUUCCAUCUGCAUUGUCUGUCCUUAUUGAAAGUCUUUUAAGUUCAAGAAGAAGCCCUAAUCAUUUUCUAUCAACUAAAAUCAGUAAGUCUCACAUUUUGAUAUUCUUCGAAUCGGAGACAAACGAACCCCCGAAUUCUAAUCGUGAUUUUUUCAAUGGAAAGAGUUUUUUCGAACACGUUUCACAAUCAUUUCCAAAGUUAUGCUUAUCUAUCCAACAUUCAGAUAGUUAUCUAAAGGUGUGGUCAGUUUCUACUGCCUCUCGAUUUCUGUUGAUACAUUCGCCACUACUUUGAAAAUAUAUUUAUCUAGCAAUUUAUUAUUGCUUAACAAAUGAGGUGACAUAAUAUGUCAAUAUGAAACUAAUGUUCUUGUCCAAAAUGGACUUCGAACAAUUUAUGGGCAUGUUAGUUAUACGAAAACAAUCCUCGAAAAAUGUGUUAUACUCACAUAAUAACAAUAAAGUCUAUUUGAUAUCACUUUAAAUUCAAUAUUUAAAUUUACAACAUCACGAGACAUUCAUUAGCAUAUUUAUACACCAUUUCGGAUGGCCUAAGAAUAAACAUUGAAAACUUUUUUUCGAAUUUCAAAUUAUUAUUCUGAAAAUAUAUAUUUCAAACAUAUCGUUUCGUUUUGAUUUUCGGCCUAUAUGAACGAUAAAUAUUUGAGGCAAAAUUUAUGUUAUUGUUAGAUUUUAAAGCCUGUGUGUGUAUAGUGUACCCAAAUAAAUUGCUUCGAGAAGUGGUACUGAAAGUAAUUCCAUCAAUAAUAAUAUUACUCUGUUUAUCGCACAAUAAAAUCUUAUGGUGGUAUGUUUAUUUUCAAUGGAUACAGUUGAGUUUUCCUUGUAUAAUAUCGCCGCAACAGUUAGACUGUGUGUAUGGUACCGUAAAGGGUUUCAUUCAAUCCGAAUUCUCCACAAAUUCUCAAAUAUUUAUUUUUGUUUACCAAAAAUUUAAGUAUCCGCUCAAUUCAUGAACGUAAUGUGAAGCAUGUGGGUUUUUAUUAUCCACAUUAAAAUCAAUCAUUAAACGACGAUGUCGAAAGACACAUAUUGUGUGAACAGACUAAAGCCAGAAAUGAUGAGACAAAAAUAUACUGAUUGUGCAGUGGUGUUAAAAAGAAAACAGCGAAUUUUUGGGAUCAUUGUGAUUUACGUUACGAAGAGAACAUUUUCUUCAAUUUAAUCAGUACAAUAUCUUAUAUUAUUAUAGAACAAAAUGACAGAAUCCGGCUUAGAUCAAUACCCUCUGCACAAGAAUGCUAUUUCCAUCAAUCAUCGUAUCUUUCUCAUUCAAUACAAACUGCAACAACGAAAAAUUAAGAAAUCGUUUUCAUAUGAUUAUCGACUCCGCCUCAGAUCAGCACACAAAAAUUCACUUCUAAACUUUCCCUCAAUAAUAGGGUUAGAAGAAUGAAACUAUGAAAAUUUUGACGAUUCAUAAAUUUUUGCACAUUUUAUGUCGAAAGGCACUCCGUUUAGUAUUUCGUUUGAAUUAAAUUUUAUUUUUCUCAGGCGACACACAGUAGUGUUACCAUCACAUAUAUUACUUCAUUUGAUCUAAGUAUUUUCAAGAGAUUGAUUUCAUAAUCUUUUACUUCAUUUUUUACAAACAUGCUUGUUUCUAUAUAAAACAUUUAGAGCUUAUCGUUUUUCCUGAAAUCGUUCGUUUUCGAUAAUUCUUUUUAGAUUUUUGAUUCUAUUUCGUUAGACUAUCGACCUAUUGGCUUCAAGUUGAACACGUAAGAUUCUAUUCUUUUGUAAACAAUAAUAAUCGUAUUACGAUAAAUCUAUUACUUCUUCCGUAAGUAUCACCUAACGAUUGAUACAAAAAAAAAUAAUUUGCUUGUUUUAACACACCCAUAUUUUGCUAUAAGACAGCAACAGCUUACGGUCGUCAUUGAUAGUUUGGGGACGGGUAAUCUGGCACACCAUACAAAUUGAUGGUGUGCCAGAUUCACCUAUAGGCGGCGAAUUUGGCACAAUCAUGACUUCUCAUUACAUGUCGUAAAAGGACGCAUACUAUGAUGCGUGUGCCAGAUUCCCCGAUGCCGAUAGUUUUUCUCGUUAUCGAUAACUGAUAAACAGUCGCUUUUAUGGAGGUAAAUCGAAAGUGUUAAGUGUUUCUUAAGAAUCAAUUAAAAGUGGUUGGAUUGUCAUCUUUAGCAGUUUAAUUAAGAUAAUAAUUGCACCGUUAAUUGAGUCCUAGUUUUAUUUAUCAUAGUCAAGAGCGUAAAUAAAAUGGAGUCUUUUGGAUAAAAGAUUUUAAAAAAAUCAAGCAGUGUUUUGCGUGUCACCACACAUUCAUUUAUUAUUUCACACCAUUUUAUUUUUCUGAAAUUUUUAGAUUUAAAAAAA